AAUGUGAGACAUGCAGUUUCUUUGUUCUACCACUGAACUUCUUGCAUGAAUCAAGGAGCAAUUCCUUGUCCUCAUCUUGAAAGGAUACACUAUCCAUUAUAAUUUAAGCUCGGACGGCCGAUGUUUAAAUCCUUUUUGCGUAGUCAAACUUGAAGGCUGAAGACACAUUCCCAUUGUCCCAGGUUGUUUGGCGAUUUCGUUGCUUGAAACUUGAUUGAUUCGGUAACCAGCCACACGAGGCCAUAGACACAAAAGGGUCACUGCGGCGCAAAACGAUAUAAAUCCGCUGCCACACGGACACUUGACGCCUCUCCUUCGCCCACCACCCCUCAACCAUCGCCGCCCACUCCUCAGCCACAGCCUGAGAAUCAAGGAACUCCUUUGAAAUUCACGUUAAAAGGAUUUAUAGAGUGGUGCAAUCAAUACAUCUACUAUAACGACCUACGAAAAUUUCUCAUUCGCGAGAUGACCGGCCUAUUUGUUGGGCCCAUGCCUCCUCGCGGUUUCCUCGAAGCGUUCAUGAGGCUGAAGAUACUAAGGAAACUGAACCCUGAGGACCUGCCAGAAGUCGAUUUUUCUGGAGUGCCUUUCAAGAAGCUCGAAGUGGAAAUGUACCAGCCUCUGUGUGAUGCUAUCAAUGACUCUGGCGUCUGUUCUGACUUCAAGUUGAUCAAUGUUUCGAGCUCGGUGGACGGUAAUGGCAUUCCAUUGCGCCCGGAUCUGGCAUUUGUACCAAUCAACGCUGAAGACCUCAUGGACUAUACGGUCAUGGAAUUCUUCCUCGAAGCCAAGGCCAAAGAUUUCGCAGACCCCUUCUACGGCACAGAAGGCAAUACCUUGAACAAUACUAUCGAGAAAAUGGAAGGGCAGAGCGCGUCGACUCGCGGACAGUUGAUAUCCUAUGCGGCCGCAUUGUUGUCCCGCCAGCACAGAACAUUUGCAUUCUCUAUUGUCGUGUGCGGCCAGUAUGCUCGCUUCCUCCGAUGGGAUCGUGCUGGAUGUAUUGUCAGCGACAAGUUUGAUUACGUCGAAGAGCCGGAUAUCUUGCUGGAGUUUUUCUGGUGCUAUGCGCGACUGACUCGCGAAGAACGUGGCUUUGACCCGACUGUGGUGCCUGCUUCUGCUGCCGAGGCCAAACUGCUUUCCGAUGCUCUGUCGCAAUACAUCAAGGAGUCCCAGCCCCGCAACGUCAGCUAUCUGCAACCGAAACCCGAUUCUACGUAUCCGAUCUCCAAGAUGCAGCUUCGAUUGUCAAAUGGCACUCGGGAGUUGAUCAUUGGCAAACCUUUCUGGGACGCCGACUCUCCUUGUGGUCGAGCGACAAGGGCCUAUGCUGCGUACGACAUGGUGGAAAAGAAGGUCGUGUUUGCGAAGGAUUCUUGGCGUGAUGAGGAUAAAGACAUCCUUUCGGAGGCUGUGAUCUACGACACCCUCAAGAAGAGCAAUGUACCCUUUCUGCCCGAAGUCAUUGCGGCUGGUGAUGUAUACGUGAAGGCAAAGAAAAAGAAGGCCUAUCAAAGGACACUCACGCGGAAUUGGUCUGUCCGUGGUGGCAAAGCUGUGAUAUGGCGUCUACCGUGUGCGGAGCUGCGAACUCUGGUCCACUGCAGAGUCAUUCAAGAACUAGCGUAUCCUAUUACGUCUGUGCUGUCAUCUAAGGAGGCCGUUCAAGCUAUCCGUGAUGCGCUCGAAGCUAUCAAAGUCGCGUACCAUGAUGGCAAGAUCUUGCAUCGUGACAUCAGCACUGGCAACAUCAUGAUUAGUAAAUCCGGUCGAGGAGUCCUCAACGACUGGGAUCACGCAUUGGAAGUCAUCCUCAGAAACACACCUCAAGCGUAUCGGACAGGCACUUGGCAGUUUAUAUCCAUCUUAUUACUUCGAGACCCCAAGAAGGGUCAUGACGUUCAUGACGAUUUGGAAUCUUCUUUCUGGGUCCUGCUCUACGUCUCUCUGCAUUACUUCCCGCACAAUCUUGGGCCAGCAUUCGAUGCCGGCUUCUUCGAUGAAUACAAGGAGCAGCCAGACCUUCGCGCUGGCGAUGGGAAAAUUCGUCCGUUAGGAGGCUUUGAGAAGGCUGGUUUUCUUAACUAUACAUUGCAAGACAUCAUAUGGGAGUGUGCGCCGUUGAACACACUCAUUCACGUGGUCGGCAACAUUUUCGACGACUAUAAUACCUCCCACAGGAAGCGGAACAACAAUGAAAAUGAAGCAGCGCGGUUCAGCGCGAUACAGGAGCAACUUGACCGAGUGGAUAUGAUCUUGAAUCACUUCGACACUGCUUUGGCCACCGAUGGAUGGCCAGAGAGCGACGCACUACCCGAUCAAUUCCCGCUCAAGACCAAGAAGCAAGAGGACCAAAUGAUUCAUGAUUUCAAGUCACGAGCUAUUGCUACUGCAGCCCUGGAGAGGCAAGCAGUUGCAGUUGCCGCUGCUACCCAUCGAGCUCCUCCAACUCGAUCUGCUAUCCCUGGAGUACGUUCCAGCGCUCGAUUAGUCCAGCAGAGGAACGAACAGCAAGAUCUUGCACCGGAAGCCGGACCUUCACGCCUUCCCAUGAGCUCUCGCAGCACUGUGAAGAGGACACUUGAUGAAGUGCCUGCAGAGUUGCCAAUGUUCCGUUCCAAGCGGGCGAAGACCGCGCCAGAGCGAAGGCCUUUGAAGCGUGCACCCAAACCUCCACCUCCUGAGCGACCAGUGGCGGAGCACCGAUACCCUACACGUUCCAAGUCGAAUGGAUCCCGUCGGGGUAAUUCGCUCAAGAAGCCACAGGAGGAGGACGUCGAGAUGCAGGACGUCCGACGCCGAAACCCAAGUCGUUCGAGAACAAAGUCGAAGUCGAAGGACACACGUCGUGUUCAGGCUACCGCUAGCGAGAAGUCAACCGAGGAGAAGCGGCAAACUCGUCGAAAGGGUAGACAGCCAGUCAAGUCAACGGCAGGUAAUGGGCCCAGUCGGCCUCCACCAAAGUCUAGUACGCGUCGACCAAAUUAGGAUGACAUGUCUUUGCUCUAUUCACUGUAUACUUUUUCCUCACCGCAAGUUCUCUUCAUGUACUCGCUUAGCCCCGUGAACGUAUAUGAACAUGCUCGAAGCAGUCUUUGGCAUUGAAUACGUCACAAUGGCAGGACAUACUUAGGAACGCAUGAGUGGGGAACCAUAACAGGCCAUGUCUUCUUUGUUCGAUCAAAUAUGAUAGCUUCUCGUGCAACAUUUUGCUGUCUCUGUAGAAGCCUCCGAGCUUUCAUUUGGUUGAAUCAUACGUUUGCCCAUUCUUCUUG